AUGACUAAAGAGAUAAUAUCUUUGCAAGUUGGACAAUGUGGAAAUAAAAUAGGGACAGAAUUUUGGAAACAGGCCUGCUUGGAGCACGGAAUAAACAAGGAUGGAUCACUGCUUGAUGACAAAAAAAAUGAGUUAGAUGAUAGAAAGGAGGUGUUUUUUUAUGAAUCUGACGACGGCCACUACUAUCCGAGAGCGCUCCUUUUCGACCUAGAACCGAGAGUAAUCAAUGGAAUUAUGAGCUCAGAAUACAAGAACCUCUUCAACCCAGAAAAUGUGUUUUUAUCCAAAGACGGAAGUGGUGCGGGAAACAAUUGGGGGCUUGGAUACUCAAUUUCAAGUCAAGCCCAGGACGAUCUAUUGAAUAUGAUUGACAAGGAGGCGGACGGAUCGGACAGCUUGCAAGCAUUUAUGAUGACACACUCAAUAAGUGGCGGAACAGGAAGCGGGAUGGGAAGUUACCUGUUGGAGCUGUUGAACGACAGGUACCCGAAGAAGGUGAUAAAGACGUUCUCAGUGUUUCCGCAGCUGACAGCCUCCUCAGACGUUGUAGUGCAGCCAUAUAACUCAAUACUGGCUCUGAAGAGACUGGCGCUUAACGCAGACUGCGUAAACGUAAUAGAUAACACGGCACUUAACAGGCUGGUCGCCGAUAAAACACUAAUAAAUCAAUCGAACGCAAUAAUAUCAGACGUUAUGUGUAACGCAACGAGCUGUCUGAGGUUCCCAGGCCCACUGAACAAUGACCUCUUGAGUAUGAUCUCAUCAAUAGUCCUGAUACCGAGGUGUCACUUCAUAAUAUCGUCGAACUCGAACUCUAUGAAUCGUGUUACAAUGCUGGACGUGAUACGGAAGUUAUAUCACCCGCAAAACAUGCUCGCGUGUACAAAUAUUAAAAGUGGCAAGUAUAUAUCGGCACUGAAUAUAAUAAGAAGUCACACAGCACCAAACCCAAGCGAGAUUUACAAGAGCUUGGAAAAGAUCAGAGAAAGGAACCUCGUCAAUUUCAUUAAGUGGAACCCGUCGAGUGUACAAGUAAACAUCACGAAACACUCGAAAUACGCAACAAACAGUAAGCUAACAGGGCUGUUGCUUACAAAUCACACAUCAAUACACCAGUUGUUCGAUGAAUGUAUUGCGCAGUAUUUAAAGUUGUACAAUAGAAAGGCCUUUCUGGAUAAUUACAGGAAGGUCGAUGUGUUCUCAAGUGCCGAUGGAAAGGGCAACUUCGAGGAAAUGGAAAACUCGAGAGAUGUAGUAGAACUAGUAAAGGACGAGUACAUAAGAGCAGAACAGGACGACUACUAUAAUUUGUCAUGUAAAUAG